AUGCCUGGGAAGAGGGGCUGGGGCUGGUGGUGGGCCCGGCUGCUCCUUUGCCUGCUUCUCAGCCUGUCUGGGCCCUGGGUGCCUUCCUCCCUGGGGAAGCCCAAAGGCCACCCUCAAAUGAAUUCCAUCCGCAUAGAUGGUGACAUCACUCUGGGAGGCCUGUUCCCGGUGCACGGCCGGGGCUCAGAGGGCAAGGCCUGCGGAGAACUCAAGAAGGAAAAGGGCAUCCACCGGCUGGAGGCCAUGCUCUUCGCUCUAGAUCGCAUUAACAAUGACCCGGACCUGCUGCCCAACAUCACGUUGGGCGCCCGCAUACUGGACACGUGCUCCAGGGACACCCAUGCCCUGGAGCAGUCGCUGACCUUUGUGCAGGCGCUCAUUGAGAAGGAUGGCACGGAGGUCCGCUGUGGCAGCGGCGGCCCGCCCAUCAUCGCUAAACCUGAGCGCGUGGUGGGUGUCAUCGGUGCUUCAGGGAGUUCGGUCUCCAUCAUGGUGGCCAACAUCCUUCGCCUCUUCAAGAUCCCCCAGAUCAGCUACGCCUCCACAGCCCCCGACCUGAGUGACAACAGCCGCUACGACUUCUUCUCCCGCGUGGUGCCCUCGGACACGUACCAGGCCCAGGCCAUGGUGGACAUUGUCCGUGCCCUCAAGUGGAACUACGUGUCCACGCUAGCCUCGGAGGGCAGCUACGGUGAGAGCGGCGUGGAGGCCUUCAUCCAGAAGUCCCGUGAGGACGGGGGUGUGUGCAUUGCCCAGUCGGUCAAGAUACCACGGGAACCCAAGCCUGGGGAGUUCGACAAGGUCAUCCGGCGCCUCCUGGAGACCUCGAAUGCCAGGGCAGUCAUCAUCUUUGCCAAUGAGGAUGAUAUCAGGCGUGUGCUGGAGGCAGCCCAGAAGGCCAACCAGACUGGCCACUUCUUCUGGAUGGGCUCGGACAGCUGGGGCUCCAAGAUCGCCCCUGUGCUGCACCUGGAGGAGGUGGCCGAGGGUGCCGUCACUAUCCUCCCCAAGAGGAUGUCCGUGCGAGGCUUCGACCGCUACUUCUCCAGCCGCACGCUGGACAACAACCGGCGCAACAUCUGGUUUGCUGAGUUCUGGGAGGACAACUUCCAUUGCAAGUUGAGCCGCCACGCGCUCAAGAAAGGCAGCCAUGUCAAGAAGUGCACCAGCCGCGAGCGCAUUGGGCAGGACUCGGCAUACGAGCAGGAGGGGAAGGUGCAGUUUGUGAUUGACGCCGUGUACGCCAUGGGCCACGCGCUGCACGCCAUGCACCGUGACCUGUGUCCGGGCCGCGUGGGGCUCUGCCCGCGCAUGGACCCUGUGGACGGCACCCAGCUGCUCAAGUACAUCCGCAGUGUCAAUUUCUCAGGCAUCGCGGGGAACCCUGUGACCUUCAAUGAGAACGGAGAUGCCCCUGGGCGCUAUGACAUCUACCAGUACCAGCUGCACAACGGCUCUGCCGAGUACAAGGUCAUCGGCUCCUGGACUGACCACCUGCACCUCAGAAUAGAGCGGAUGCACUGGCCAGGGAGCGGGCAGCAGCUGCCCCGCUCCAUCUGCAGCCUGCCCUGCCAGCCGGGUGAGCGGAAGAAGACGGUGAAGGGCAUGCCCUGCUGCUGGCACUGUGAGCCCUGCACGGGGUACCAGUACCAGGUGGACCGCUACACCUGCAAGACAUGUCCCUACGACAUGCGGCCCACAGAGAACCGCACGGGCUGCCAGCCCAUCCCCAUCAUCAAGCUUGAGUGGGACUCACCCUGGGCCGUGCUGCCCCUCUUCCUGGCUGUGGUGGGCAUCGCUGCCACGCUCUUCGUGGUGGUCACCUUCGUGCGCUACAACGACACGCCCAUCGUCAAGGCCUCGGGCCGCGAGCUGAGUUACGUGCUGCUGGCGGGCAUCUUCCUGUGCUACGCCACCACCUUCCUCAUGAUCGCCGAGCCCGACCUGGGUACCUGCUCUCUGCGCCGGAUCUUCCUGGGGCUCGGCAUGAGCAUCAGCUAUGCGGCCCUCCUCACCAAGACCAACCGCAUCUAUCGCAUCUUCGAGCAGGGCAAGCGGUCGGUCAGCGCCCCGCGCUUCAUCAGCCCCGCCUCGCAGCUGGCCAUAACCUUCAGCCUCAUCUCCCUGCAGCUGCUGGGCAUCUGCGUGUGGUUUGUAGUGGACCCCUCCCAUUCGGUGGUGGACUUCCAGGACCAGAGGACGCUCGACCCCCGCUUCGCCAGGGGCGUGCUCAAGUGUGACAUCUCGGACCUGUCGCUCAUCUGCCUGCUGGGCUACAGCAUGCUGCUCAUGGUCACGUGCACCGUGUACGCCAUCAAGACGCGCGGAGUGCCUGAGACCUUCAAUGAGGCCAAGCCCAUCGGCUUCACCAUGUACACCACCUGCAUCGUCUGGCUCGCCUUUAUCCCCAUCUUCUUUGGUACCUCGCAGUCGGCUGACAAGCUGUACAUCCAGACGACGACGCUGACGGUCUCGGUGAGUCUGAGCGCCUCGGUGUCCCUGGGGAUGCUCUACAUGCCCAAGGUCUACAUCAUCCUCUUCCACCCGGAGCAGAACGUGCCCAAGCGCAAGCGCAGCCUCAAAGCCGUCGUCACCGCCGCCACCAUGUCCAACAAGUUUACGCAGAAGGGCAGCUUCCGGCCCAAUGGCGAGGCCAAGUCCGAACUCUGCGAGAACCUGGAAGCGCCAGUACUGGGGGAAAGGCCAGAAGUGGACAUUGUUGGUGGCAGCAGGAGGGACAUUGCUGAGCAUAGGCUCCAGAGAGGAGCCCCUUUGUCACCCACCAAGAGAUCAGGAGAAACAGGAGACCUCCCCUCGCAGCGCUGGCCACCAAACAGACCUACGUCGCCUACACCAACCAUGCAAUCUAGCUAGGCCACCGGAGCUGCACAGGAGGAGGAGAACAGACCCUUGUGGAUGGUGCAUCGGGCCAGGCCCCCCCACCACCACUGCAGGGGGGCCCAGCUGAUGUCCUACCUGCCUGUGGGCACCCACGGACGUGGCUUGGUGCUGAAGAUAGCACAGCCCCCAGCGGUCACUGCUGGGUUGCCUGGGCAAGCCGGGCUGGUGACAGGAGGAGGAUGAGGGGCCGGGAAAGCUUCAGGCCACCCCAAGACCCUGUGUCCUGGACCAAAGCCCCUCCCAGCCCCAAACCACAGAAGGCCCCCCGCACUGGUUUUCUCUCUCCCUCGUCUCUCUCCAUCCUAUUGGUGACCUUCUCAGUCUGUCUCCAUCCCUGUCUUUAUUUUCUCUUCUCUCUGUAUCACCUGUUCUCUCUGUGUCUGUCUGCUUUUUCUGUAUCUUCUUUCUUUUUGUCUCUGCCUUUUCUCUGCCAUCUCCAGCUUUCUCCUGUCCUUUUUCUUGUGCCCCACCCAGUCUCUCCUCUUGUGCAUUUUUGUUUCCUG